UCCUAAACUCUGCUGCUCUUCACCAAAGCUGCCUUUUCCUUCCCUGCUUUUCAAACUGCUCUCUCGUCUGCCCGUUUCCUCAAGCCUUUUUUUCUCUCCCUCUCUCCACACUCACUCGCUCACACUCUCUCUCCCUCUCUCUCUCUCCAAUACUUUCCUGCCCCUCUCUAUUUAUGAAAACGUCACUUCAAGUCCCUCCCUGUUUGAAUCUCAUUAGUUUCUUGUGUGUUUCUCCCUGUCAAUAAUCCCGAAUCCAGACUCUCUCUAUUUCCAUCCCUCUCUAUCUGUCAAUCAGCGCCGCCUUUGAACUGAAAACCACUCCGACCAACUUCAACUCACUCAAUCCGAGCGCCUCGGCUCCAUCUCCGGCUUCUUUUUCUGCCAAGAUCCCCCCUCUUUUUUAGUUUUCUACUAACCGCCAGUGCUCGGGGAAACGCCAGGGCAGACCCCUAAAAACUCCAGAAAAAAAAUCCUCGGGACUCGGGAUCGCAAAGAUCAAGGCUUUAAAAACUUUGCGUUUUUCGUCCCCCAAAAUUGCUCGGGAAAAUGCCGCAGCUGAACGGCGGUGGAGGGGACGAUCUGGGCGCGAACGAUGAAAUGAUCUCGUUCAAAGACGAAGGAGAGCAGGAAGAAAAGAUUUCGGAGAACUCUUCAGCAGAAAGGGAUUUAGCAGAUGUCAAGUCUUCUCUCGUGAACGAGUCAGAGACGAACCAAAACAGCUCUUCGGACUCCGAGGCGGAAAGACGGCCUCCGCCUAGGUCGGAAACUUUCAGAGACAAAACACGAGAAAGUUUAGAGGAGGCUGCGAAAAGGCAAGAUGGAGGGCUGUUCAAGAGCCCCCCGUACCCGGGCUAUCCAUUUAUAAUGAUCCCCGAUCUAACGAGCCCCUACCUCCCCAACGGAUCGCUCUCUCCGACGGCACGCACAUAUCUACAGAUGAAAUGGCCACUGCUAGAUGUUCAAGCAGGAAGUCUUCAAAGUAGACAAGCACUUAAAGAUGCCAGGUCCCCUUCUCCGGCACACAUCGUUGGGCCCUUCUGCUUGGAAUUCCCCGGACAGGCUGAUCUGAGCCUUCACCAAUUUCAGUUGUCUAAUAAGGUCCCUGUGGUACAGCACCCUCACCAUGUGCACCCGCUUACGCCUCUGAUCACCUACAGCAAUGAACACUUUACGCCUGGGAACCCUCCUCCACACCUACAGACAGACGUGGACCCCAAAACAGGAAUCCCAAGGCCUCCACAUCCUCCAGAUAUAUCUCCCUACUACCCUCUGUCGCCUGGCACUGUCGGCCAGAUCCCCCAUCCACUAGGAUGGUUAGUACCACAGCAAGGUCAACCAGUUUACCCAAUCACAACGGGAGGUUUUAGACACCCCUACCCGACUGCCCUCACUGUCAACGCAUCCAUGUCAAGUCUUCUCUCCUCCAGAUUCCCUCCCCACAUGGUGCCCCCCCACCACAGUUUGCACACCACGGGGAUCCCUCACCCUGCCAUCGUCACGCCCAACGUCAAGCAGGAGUCCUCUCACAGUGACAUCAGCACGCUCAACAGCUCGAAACAUCAGGACCCGAAAAAGGAGGAUGAAAAGAAAAAGCCGCACAUAAAGAAGCCUCUGAACGCAUUCAUGCUGUACAUGAAGGAGAUGAGGGCCAAAGUGGUGGCAGAAUGCACGCUGAAAGAGAGUGCAGCUAUCAAUCAAAUCCUGGGCCGAAGGUGGCACGCGUUGUCUCGAGAGGAGCAGGCCAAAUACUACGAGCUGGCCAGGAAAGAACGACAGCUACACAUGCAGCUCUACCCUGGCUGGUCAGCACGUGACAACUAUGCGGCUAACCAACAGGGGAAAAAGAAGAAGAGAAAAAGGGAAAAGCAGCAAGCAGAGGGCAAUGAACACAGAGAAUAUUUUCCAAAUCCUUGCCUUUCACUCCCUCCGAUUACAGACCUGAGUGCCCCUAAGAAGUGUCGUGCACGCUUUGGGCUCGAUCAGCAGAAUAACUGGUGUGGCCCGUGCAGUCUUUGAAUUGGGAAUAUGUUGAUGGUAGGUAUUUGUUUCUGCUAAGUAAUACCCUUCUCUGUGUCACACUUGUGCUCUCUCCACCCCCUGCCCUCAUCACAGGCGCCAGACUUUGUCCUGUUCUGUUGUGUCAUACUACUGUAUGCUAUGUGCAACCCAUUUCCAUCAUCUUUCUUUUAGUCCACCGUAAAUUCUUACGUAUGAUCCAUUGAUUCAGAACUCAUUCCACACUGCUGUAAGACAUACAUCACCAACCACUAUAUAACUAUACCCUAUAAGCAGUUAGGUACUUCAGAGUGUAGCAGCCCAGCCACAUAUCCUUACACAGUGCCCUGUAAACAUUCAGAGGAAAGGUCUGGGUGUUUCUGGAUGCGCUGGGAGAAGCGGUAGUAAUUGUGCCCUUAUUUAGGGAGCUGGGAGGUUAAAAGACCCUGCUCAGCACCGUUUCCUGAAAGAUGCAUCUGGCGUAAUUCCCCCAGAGAUGCAGAAAUCAAUAAAGAACACGGGAAGAUAUUUAGAAUCAAUAGGGAUCUUAAAAAAUGGAUAUUAGCUUAUUUGCAGCCUUUUGACAGGCAGUUAGGGCAGAGCUAGCCUGAGCUGCUCUAUGGAGCAUGUCCAGGCCGCAUGCAGAGUGUUUCAAAACGUUGCAAAGUGAAGCGUUUUCAAACUGUAGAACACUCCCGAACUAUGCUACUCCUACAGUCCGCAAGAUGAAGCCUGCCAUUAACAGAUCUGUCCUUUCCUGUAAGUGUCUGUUCAUCCAUCUUUGAUUACCAUGGUGCUUCUUCAUGACCCUGUACAGCUCAAUGCAUGUCUUCAGUUCUGCCUGCCCUUUGCCUACACAGGGUAUGUGUCUGGAUCAAAGUGUCUGCUUCUUUCUUCAACUCUGUCCAUUUCCUUUCACCCCCUUGCCUCUUAAAUAUGUCCGCCAGACAGUCUGUAUCUCUGUCCUUGUCCUUCUGCCUCUCUCUCUCUCUUGCACUUUUGUCUCAAACCUAUACCUGCAUAAGACCAGGCAGGGGUAUAACUUAGGAAACAAUCCUUACCUGGAUUUGAAUAGGAUUUAUAAUGGCUAAUAAUAAAAAGGGUUACAGUUACAUUCACUGAACUCCAUGUUUCAUUACUCCAUAGUUCCCCCUGUCUUUCUCUUCAUGUACCCACUGUUUGUUUUUCUAUCUCUGCCUUACAGUCCUGCAGUAGUGGAAGCUGAAUAGCUUAACUUGGCCUUUAGGCAGGAUAGAAAGAUUUUUUUUUUUAUUUUACCAUUUUUUUGUAUUUUUUGGCAAAGGGGGGGUGGGGGUUGGUCAGGUCAGGCUAGGGCAAGGUACACUGAGGCUUUCGCUCUUUCUCUUUUUCCAUCCCUCUCUCUCUCUUUCUGGUUUCUCUCUUUUUCUCUCCUCCUGAUUCAAAACAGGGUAUGUAUCCAGUCACCUUGGAGACAUGGAAUUCUCUCACUCUGUACUUCUGUCUCUCUCUCUCUCGCUGGCUCACUCGCUCUCUCACACUCUCACUCAAUAUCUCACUCUGUCUCUUGCGCUCCCUCGCCCGCCCCUCUCGGCGUACUGGCUUGGCGCUUGGUGAGCUUUUGCCCGUGUGGCUGGCUGGGAUGGCUGGCCGUAGGCGUAGCAGACGAGGGAGGGUCCUGACCCGAGCAGAAAUGCAAACAUGGCGCUGCGACCUCUGUGCACAGCGCUCACACACAUGUCUUAGGGGCAGGCUGAGAGUAGCGCAUCUCCUCUAACCUCUUACCUCUCCAUCUGAACUCCCCCCCAAGGAACGUGCAGAAAAAAGCAGGAAAGAGACAUGAAAAAAGGAAGCAAAAGAGAGGAGUGUAAUAAUUCAAGCUGAUGUGUAAACCGGAUGGGUUCCCUUGCGGUUUGCCGCGCCGAGGUGGAGUUCUUUUGUUUAGAGCUCGUUCUGUUAUCUCGCUAGGAGAAAACAAAGGCGGAUAUAUAGUGCUCACCUCUUUGACUGUGUCCCUCCGAGCCUCGGAGGCGGUUACUCUUCCUCCCUCCGCCUCUCGUCAUCACUUUCCCCAUCCUCCUCUCACUGUCUUCUUGUCUGGCAUCUGUGUAUCUGUUCGUCUGUCUCUCCUCUGUGUCCUCCCCUUUCUCCCGCCUCCUCUGCAUGCACGUAAUGGGAUGGAAGGUGAGAGGGAGUCAGUGGCAGAGAGCAAAAAGUGCUCAGGUGCUCAUCUGUUUGUAUUGGCGUUCUCAGAAAGCAAUAGCAUCCAAUUAGAUGCACUAUCUUACCCAAGGUUAUGAAUCGAUAUCUGAAAAUGUUCAGUCAUGCUGAAGAGCUGUCGAUUUUACACACUGAAUAUUGCCGGUGGACACAUACAUAUAUGCAGAAGUUUGGUGGUGCUGGAAAUGUGCAUUUAAAUGGGUGCUAAGGCUCCGGUAAAACAAGCCUCUCGGCAAGUUAGAAAACACUGCAGAGAUUACGUAGGAGUUUAAAACAAGGCUGCUCUCUGUUCGCAGGAGAAAAAAGAAGUGCAUUCGCUACAUUCAAGGUGAAGGCAGCUGUGCCAGUCCUCCUUCUUCGGAUGGAAGCUUACUAGAGUCCCCCCCAUCCUCCCCUUCCAUGGUCACCACCUCCCCGCCCUCGAAAGAGUCCAAACCACAGAC